AUGUUGCCCAUUAUUGAUAGUUCCAAAGUAAUAUUUGGCCUCAAGAGAACUUUAUCUGAAAAUGGAAUUAGAUUAUUAAUAUCAAAUAAACGUUAUUCUCAGGUGACAAGCGCACCAAAACCAUUAGAAGGAAUUCGCGUUUUGGAACUAGGGCAGAUAGUCGCCGGUCCGUUUUGCGGAACAAUCCUUGGAUAUUAUGGCGCGGAAGUGAUAAAGGUGGAGUCACCAGGUACAGGCGACACCGUUCGUACCUUGCGUGGAAUCGAUAUCGAUGGGGUUAGUCCUUGGUUUCGGGCGAUCGGUAGAAAUAAGAAAUCGUGCGAAAUAAACCUGCGAACCGAGGAAGGAAGAAAGCUCGUCCGUCAAUUAGCAGAUAGGAGUGAUGUUUUGAUUGAAAAUUUUCGUCCCGGGGUUAUGGAGAAAUGGGGACUUGGCCCCGAAGAGCUAUAUAAAACCAAUCCCUCAAUAGUAUAUACACGUAUUUCCGGCUUCGGACAAACGGGUCCAUAUGCAAAAAGGCCAGGGUUCGCGUCAGUGUGUGAGGCGGUGGCAGGAUGGCGGCAUAUUAACAGAUUUAGAGAUCAGCCACUUGUGCGCCAGAAUUUAUCUUUAGGCGAUUCCUUAGCUGGGUUAACUGCGGCCCUUGGUAUCGUGAUGUGUCUUUUGGUAAGGAAGAAAUUCCCUCCCAACGCAAGAUCAGGACAGGAGAUCGAUGUAGCCAUUUAUGAGAGUGUGCUUAAUAUGAUGGAAGGUGUGCUGCCGGAAUAUGAUCGGUUUGGGGAGAUAAGGCAACCUGCCGGCAAUUCUGCAACUGAUAUCGCAUACCUUUGCUCGGAUUCCAAGUACAUUGUCAUAGAUGGAGAUGGCGGAUUCCCACAUGAAAAGCUAAUGAAGAUAAUUGGAAGAGAAGAUCUCACUACACCGGAAUGUAAGGCAAACAAGGAGAGUAUUCAAGAUAAGGAGCUGAUUAACGCAAUAUUGGAUUGGACGAAAAAACACACAUCUAAGGAGGUGCUUGAAAAAUUAGAAAAGGAAGAAAUCCCAUGUGCACCUGUAUAUAACAUAAAAGACAUUGUAGAAGAUGAACACUUCAGAAAGCGUGAUUUAUUUGAAACCGUGAGAGUAGGUGAAAACAUGGAGAACGGCGGUUGGGACCUUAAGCUUUCCGCCAUAACGCCAAAACUUAGCGCAACACCCGGUGGAACCACAUGGGCUGGCCCAGAUUUAGGACAACACAAUCGAGAAAUUUUGAUGAAUUUUUUAGGGCUAGGAGAAGAUGAAAUUAGGGAAUUACAAAAGAAUGGAAUUAUUG